CCCAGGGCAGCACCAACAGGAUGUGCAGAAAACAGGAAGGGCUGUGGCACGGCUUCUUCUUCUUCUCCUUCUUCACACUCAACAUCUGACUUCUGUCUUCAGCAGACCCGGAGCAACAUGGCCCACAAAGAGUUCGAGAACGCAGGGAAGAAGCCCGGCCUGCAGGUGUGGCGGGUGGAGAAAAUGGAUUUAAAACCCGUUCCAACUCAGCUCUACGGAGACUUCUUCACCGGAGAUGCCUACAUUGUGCUCUUCACCACCCCGGCACCUUCUUACGCUCUGCAUUCGUGGACCGGAAAUGAAGCUUCCCAAGAUGAAGCCGGAGCCGUUGCCAUUUUCCUGACUCAGAUGGAUGACUACAUGAAGGGACUCCCGGUGCAGUUCAACGAGUUUCAAGGUGAAGAGUCGACCUGUUUUCAAGGCUACUUCAAGUCUGGAAUGAAGUACAAGAAGGGUGGCGUGGCCUCAGGCUUCCAUCAUGUGGUGACCAACGACAUGAACGUGAAGCGUCUGCUGCACGUUAAAGGUCGUCGUCUGAUCAAAGGCACUGAGGUGGACCUGAGCUGGUCCAGCUUCAACAAGGGAGACUGCUUCAUCAUUGACCUGGGAAAGGACAUCUACCACUGGUCCGGCAGUGAAAGCAAUCGCUACGAACGCCUCAAAACCACUCAGAUGGCCAACGACAUCCGCGACAACGAGCGAAAAGGCCGCGCUAAAGUGCACAUGAUUGAAGAAGGUUCUGAGCCAGAGGCUGUCAUUCAAGAACUUGGACCAAAGCCGGAGCUCCCUCCUGGGGAAUGUGAUACGGCAGAAGAAAAAACCCAGAAGACCAAGACAUCUCUGUAUCAGAUUUCUGACGCCACUGGUAAAAUGACCACAACGUUUGUGUCCAACGGUCCCUUCAAACAAAGCAUGCUCUCCCAGAAGGAAUGCUACAUCCUGGACGAUGGAGGAAACAACAUAUUUGUCUGGAAGGGAAAAGAUGCAAAUCCAGAUGAGCGCAAAGCUGCAAUGACUGCUGCAAAGACGUAUAUUACAGAAAAAAAAUACCCCACAAAAACAAAGGUGCAGGUAAUUCCUGCAGGAAGUGAGACCACGAUGUUCAAACAGUUCUUCUUUAAAUGGCUGGAGGGCGAGGCCACAGGAAAGACCUACACUGUGGGUCGCAUCGCGAAGGUGGAGCAGAUUCCCUUCGACUCCUCCAAACUCCACAGCAACAAGGCAAUGGCUGCCCAGCACGGCAUGGUGGACGACGGCUCCGGGAAAGUCCAGAUCUGGCGUGUGGAGGGAAAGGAUAAAGCAGCCGUGGACCCCUCCAGUUAUGGACACUUCUUUGGUGGUGACUGUUACCUGGUGCUUUACUCCUACAAUGAUGGUGGCAGAACGAAGCAUAUCAUCUACACCUGGCAAGGUCAGAAGUGUACUCAGGAUGAGCUGGCUGCUUCAGCUUUCCUCACCGUCAAACUGGAUGACUCCAUGGGCGGAGUGGCCACACAGGUCAGGGUCAGUCAGGGCCAGGAGCCCCCUCAUCUCGUCAGCUUGUUUAAAAACAAGCCUUUGGUCAUCCACCUGGGUGGGACGUCCCGUAAGGGUGGUGACAGCACCCCUGGCAGCACGCGGCUCUUCCACAUCCGUCAGAGCUCCACCAAAGCUACACGAGCUGUUGAGGUGGAACCCAAAGCCUCCUCUCUGAACACCAACGACGCGUUUGUGCUAAAGACACCAUCUUCCCUGUUUGUGUGGAAGGGAAAAGGAGCGAGUUCAGAUGAGACGUCGGCAGCUGAGUAUGUCGCCAAGUUUCUGGGAGGAGCUGUCACCAAGCUGGAUGAGACAAAAGAGCCAGAUGGUUUCUGGUCAGCGCUGGGUGGGAAGGGCAACUAUCAGACCUCCAAGGCCCUGCAGAACGUGAUCAGACCUCCUCGACUCUUCGGUUGUUCAAACAAGACUGGCAGGCUCAUUGCAGAAGAGGUUCCUGGUGACUUUACUCAGAUCGAUCUGGCCACAGAUGAUGUCAUGAUCCUGGACAGCUGGGAUCAGAUCUUUGUUUGGAUCGGAAAUGAAGCCAAUGAAACUGAGAAAUUAGGAGCUCCAAAAAUUGCCCAAGAAUAUGUGGAUUCUGACCCCGCCGGACGUCGUGGUGUCCCCAUCACCACCAUCAAGCAGGGCCAGGAGCCACCGUCAUUCACGGGCUGGUUUCAAGCUUGGGACCCCCACAUGUGGGACUAAGCUCAUCAUUAGAGCAGAAAGCAUCGACUUACUAAACAUCAGUAGUUGGAUAAAAUGCAUAAUCUUCACACAAUGAGCUUAAGAUUUUUAUAGAUGUAGAUCAGAUUUUAGACAAAAUCUUAUAUGUCUGUGCUUUCAGUGUAACAGAAAUACUCACCAAAGCUGAAAACUUACAUAUUUUGUGGCAAUAAGCUGUUUUUCUUUUAAUGAGGAACUGGCAAAUAAAAAUAAUAUGUGCUAAUUUAAAUGUCAUAUCCGUAUUCUGGUUUAAAUUUUAAAGAAAAAUUAAGUUGACUCUAAAACAAAUCAUUAAAAGUUCUGAACCCCA